AUGCGCGGCGUCGCCUUGCUGCUGGCGCUCGGCGCCGUGCUGCUGGCGGGCGGCGGGCGGCGCCUGGCCCGCCGCCUCCUGCCGCGCCGCCGCCGCGCCCUGCCCGCUGCAGGGAAGGCAGUGCUAAUAACAGGCUGUGACAAAGGUUUUGGACAUGCCUUAGCAAAACAACUUCAUGCAAAGGGAUUCACUGUUUUUGCUGGAUGCUUGCUAGCGGAUAAGAACGGAGAUGGAGCCAGGGAGCUGAAGAACAUGAAGUCAGAUCGCAUGAUGGUGCUGCAGAUCAAUGUGUGCAGUGACCAGGAAGUGGAUCAAGCUGUGGAUUUUGUGAAGAGGAACUUGAAGGAGCCAGAGAAAGGACUCUGGGGCCUGGUGAACAAUGCUGGCGUCUCAACCUUUGGAGAGGUGGAAUUCACAAGUUUAGACAAGUACAAGGAAGUGACAGAGAUCAACCUGUGGGGCACCGUGAGAGUGACAAAGGCUUUCUUGCCCCUUAUUCGCAGAGCUAAAGGCCGUGUGGUGAAUGUUACGAGCAUGUUAGGGCGGAUGGCGAGUCCGUCUCGCUCCUGCUAUUGCAUUUCCAAGUUCGGGGUAGAGGCCUUCUCCGACUGCCUCCGGCAGGAGAUGUACCGCUGGGGUGUCAGAGUCAUCCUUAUUGAGCCCAGUAACUUUGUGGCAGCAACAGGAAUCCUGACUGCAGACAGCAUCGACGUGGAGGCUGAUGUGCUGUGGAAUGGGGCCAGUGACACUGUGCGGGAGGACUAUGGGAGGGCAUAUUUCACUCGCCACGUGGCCCUGAUGAAGUCCUUCGUUAACAGUGGCCUGAAGGACAUGUCUUUGGUCUUGAAUGACAUCACGGAUGCACUCACUUCCACACACCCGAACAACCGUUACAAUCCCAUGGAAACCUAUUGGUGGGUAAGGCUGCAAGCCAUGACGCACCUGCCCACUGCCAUUGCUGACUGGCUUUACAUUCCCGGUGCCACGCUGUAAAUGGGCGUCCUUCAAGCAUCCUUCCAGUGCUCAUAUGCAUGGUUUUGAGCGGACUUAAUCAGGGCUAUUCUGCACCCAGUGCUGAUGCAUCUCCCCUGCAGGUGCAUGUGUUUUCACUUUGGCUUCAAGUUUUGUAUUGUGGGAGACAUAAAACCAUAGCAUUUCUGGCUCUUCUUAAUUCUUACCCCUUUCUCCCUGCUGCUCUGAUUAAGGUUCAAAGAUGUUUGAAUUGUGGAGGAAGCAGGGGAAGGUUAACAUAAUGGGUCAAAUAUGUAGCUGGUGUAAUUAGGCCAGCAGAGUUUUUUCCCAGUGAUAAAUUUGACUCAUUAGUGGGCUCUUGCUUUUCCUUACAAGGACAGGCUCGUGAUUGCAAACCAAAGCUGUUGCUAAGAGAUGUGUCAAAGGGAGAAGGUAAAAUGGGAAACAAAAGCAGAGUUUUCCUUUUGAUUGAAAAUGGGUCAGUCAUAGCCUUCGUUUGUUUUCAUGAUACUGCUAGGAAGUUUGGCUGCUCUUUGACUGUCUGCUCUUUCUAAGAAAACAGCAACAUUGCCUCUAAACAGCCUUAUUACCUAGCUCUGAUGGGGUUUAGGAUCCCUACAAGGAAGGAUUCUUCCCUCCCAGCUCUGUGACCAGAGGCAGCCAGUCAGUAACUGACUCUGAUAGACCGGAUAGACAGGAAGAGCAGAUAGACUGGAAAAGCCCUUCUAAUAGUGAGUCUGAACUUUCCCUCUGUCAUUCCCUGUGGAUGCUGGAGUUGCAGCUUCUCUCCAUGCCCUGUGGAUGAGCUUUGUAGGGCAGACUGGAAUCUGAUGCAGCAAAUGGAGUUUUGACUCCUUUGAUGCUAUGUUAGCGACCCAUUUCUGAACAAUUCAGCAGUGGUACAGAUGCUGUCCAGCAGCCCUACAGCUGCCUCCAAAUUUGUGCCCACUGCUAGACACCUCCUUGUUGGUGAGGGAACUGCUUUUGCAUUCCCAGACUAUGGUUUUGGUUUCAUCUGUUCUGUGUUUGAACAGUGACAGGCACUGCAGCCAAUGUGGCAUGACUAUGUGCUCUGGGUGGAUGCUUUAAGUGAUUCCCUUUUCUUUUCUUAGUAUCACACAGUAAAAUUUCCAUGCCACACAUCAUUGUCUCCUCACAGAGCUUCCUAGCAACUGUGAUAAGUGAUACGAUCUGGUUUUGCACAGUAUCCCCAAGGGUCUCCUGUUGGCCAUAACCAGGAUUUUUGGUCAUUUUACCAAGUGCUGAAGCUGCCUGGCUUCACAUCUUGUUUCCUUUUUCCAAGUGGUGAUUGCUAGUGUAGUAGCAAACUGACUCCAGGCACUGCUGGCCAGGCCAGGAAUCUACCCUCUUAUUCUGGGACACGUGAAUUCUAGGACCAGCUUCCCGUUCUACUGCUAAGCUGUGUUUAGAUUUUGAUCUACAUGAGAUUAAGUGACUUAAAAGAACUUACCAUUUGUUCUUUUCUUGUCUCUGUUAGCUCUAUCUUGGUAUUAUGUCUUAAAACUUCUUGUAUGCCGCUGACUGUGAUUGCUUGGCAUCUGAAUGCAGCUGUGAAUGCUGUGAUGCCUGGGGAGGAAAGCAGGCUUCCCGUGGAGAUGCUGUGAAGAUAGCACGUGUUACAAAUAACUACUGGAAAUGCUGGCUGUGCAGUUCUUUUUUUAUUGCAGAUCAUCAACACAUGGAGACUGUCUGGGAUCCAGGACUCAGAAUGAUCCCAAUCUCCCACUGAACUGCAGCUUGUUUGAACAAUGUUGUAAUCACUUCUGUCCCCUGCACCAUAAAAUGUGAGUAAAGUUAGGUAACACUGAUCUGUGCAGAGAGAAAAAUAAACUUGAGAUUUGUCAAGCACA